AGCAACAUCAGUAGAAAAACAGCCUUACACUACUGCAAACCUAUUUUUGCUUCUCUUGAGCUAAGAAGCAAGAACCAGAAUAGAAUCACCAGAACAACUUAUUGCAGGUCUUUUAACUGGUGUUUUAUAUCUCCAACUGCUGGUCAUAUGGAAAGAAAGCGCCUGAAAAAGGAUGUUGAAAAGCUCUUGGCGGAUUAUGUCAGCACAACUCUCCGUGAACAGGAUUUUGAUCCUAAAGGAAAAAAGGAAACCACGUUCCUAGAUGACAUGGCACAUUAUGAUUUGGCAAUUGGUGUAGCGUUGCAGUGGCUAAAUGGGUCUAAAGAUGCAAAUACACUUAAAAAAGGAAAAAUAACAUUUCCAGAGCAUCAGUAUAAAUAUCCCAACAGAAUGGAAAGAGAAGCUAUGAUUUUAUCUUCUUUCGCAGGAGUAUUAAUGCAUAGCUUGCCAGUGGAAGGUGUUUUUGAGUUAUAUGGGAAAAAAUCUUCAAAAGGACUGCUACAGAGCACAACUAAGAAUCUCUGGACACAGCCCUUUAAUCUUUCCUUACAUCCAUUUGCCAUGCUAACUGCUCCGAAAGCUGCAGAACAUGCUUGGAAGCAUCGUGCAAAAUUGCAAAAGUCCAGUCAUCAAAAUGCUGGCUGUUCCACAAGGCUUCAUAACUUAGACACUCAUGAAAAAGAGAAAAUAGAAACCCAUGAUGAAGAGGUGCACUUGACUGAGGACCCCCUGGAAACAGAGGAAAAAUUAGAAGAUUCUUCAUCUGAAUUUACAUCAUAGAGACUAUUUACUGUAAACAAUAAACCAUUUUACCUCCUUAAAAAUAGAACACAA